AUGCCGCGGCCCACCACCAUCUCUGCCAUGGACCGCCUGAAGUCGGCCCAAGGGUCGUCCGUGCGCUUCACCACCGCGAAGCUUCAGGUCACAACCGCCUCCGCCGCAGCCGCCGGAGCUCCCGCUCACCCCCGACGAGGUCUCCGUUGUCGUGGAUGUCACGAGCGUCGUCUCCGCCUCGCAACCGUCGACGCUGCGGAUGUUGUACGCGCUCGGCUCCUUGUUGCAGCUGAACCACCCGCUAUCGCCGGACGACAAGGUCUGUAUGGCCACGAGGCGAGGCGUGUUGUCACCGUCGGUGGCGGCCUCAAUGACGGGAGGGAUCCCGCACCCACGCGCACAGAUGGAGGCAGUAGCAGCAGCGAGCUCGCCCCGUGCUAG